UGCUGCAAAAACUAUAGAAAAAAAACGAAAAGUCGUCAGUUUUGUAAGGGUUAAUUAGAUAUUUCUUCUUUUUACUAUUUAAAAUCUAUUUUAACUAUAAAAACAAAUUUGCAUUUAUAAGAAAUAAAAUCUACUUGUUAAAUUAUUUAAUGUCUACUUGCUAUUGAAUAUAAUUCUCCAACUCUAAUAGAAAGCAGUGCUGCCUUGAAAACACUGCCACUUUGUAUAUAAUUUUAUUUUUCUUCGGAAGUUGAAAAAGCAAAGCAUUAUAAUGAAAAUGGAGGAAAAAAUAAUAGAAUUUGUAAGAGAUAAUCCAGCUUUAUGGAAUAAAUGCGAUAUUGAUUUUAAAAAUACUAAACUUAAGGAUAAGAAAUGGAAUAAAAUUGCUACAAGUUUAGGUAUAUCAGAGGAUACUGCUAAAAAACGUUGGAAAACUAUAAGAGACCGUUAUUUUCGAAUUUUAAAACUGGAGGAAAACGCUUUACUAAAUCAGCAGGGACAUGUUACCAAAUACAAAUAUGCUGAUAUGUUGGGAUUUCUUAAAGGCAAUAGUACAAAAAAUAAAAGAAGUUCCUUAAAUAUUUGUACCGACGAUCCCAAUAACAUUAAUCUUAAUAGUCAUGAAUUUUUAAUGGAACCUGAGGAAAAUUCUAUUAAAUAUGAAUAUAUUGAUGGUAUUGAAGAAACCCCUAACGAAAAUCAUGAUAAUUCCUCAACUUUAGAGUGUUGCUUUCAGCAACAAAAUGAAAAUAUAGAAUCGAAACCUGCAAUUUCUAGCAAUAAUUCUCCGGCUCAUCUUUUUAUGAUGAGUUUAGCUCUUCAAAUCGAUAGGUUUUUAAAAUCAUCGAAGUAA